AUGGCUAGAUUGCUGCAAGAUCCAUCUAAACUUCAUCCCUCAGAAUGGUACACUGCGAACAAUAUGCAGCGUGCCAGUACAGAGUCCCAAAAAUCCAGGUCAGAAUGCAUGACAGCUGAGAGUUGGAGGCUGGUGAAUGAAAUAGAAAAGACAACUCAAAAAACCCAAAGUGAUGUCAACAAGAAAUUAGAACAGAGACGGGAAGAAAUAAAAUUCUGGAAGCAAGAAUUAGAUAACAAGCUGGAACAAAUUGUUCAUGAGACAGAGAUACUGUUGACUUUCAAGAACAGGCUGGAGAGAGCUUUGGAGGGCUGCAAAGAGCCCCUUCUCAUUGCUCAAAAGUGUCUCCUAUACAGGCAGAGGCGAGUUGGGAUUGACUUGGUGCAUGAUGAAGUGGAACAGGAACUGGUGAAGGAAGCUGAAGUCCUCCAGGGGAUUAUUGCUUUACUUAGACGUACAUUGGAACAAACAAAUGAGCAAAUCAGACAAAACCGUUCAGCAAAAUACAACCUGGACAUGGAUCUGAAGGACAAAUUCACAGCUUUGACAAUUGAUGAUUACUGUGCUAGCUUAACAAAUGACACUCCUUACAUUGCCUAUGCUGAUAAUGCCAUGAAACUAGAAGGAAAUUUUGUUAGCCCUGAGGACUGGAUAGAUUUCUCAAACAUAAAUGUUGAAAAGGCUAACAAGCAGCGAAACAAUUCUUUGGCACUGAAGGCACUUAUUGAUGGCAUCCUCUCACAGACAGCAAAUGACAUGCGCAAGCAAUGUGAGAUGGUGAAUGCCGCUUUUAGAAAUAGGGUGAAGGAAGUCAAAGAUGCCAAGCAAAACCUAGAGACACUUCUUGCAAUGGUGAUGGAUGAGACUGCCUCGCAGGAGAAGAACAUUGCAGCCUUAAAGAAAGCAAUCACUGACAAAGAAGGACCUGUAAAAGUGGCUCAAACUCGCUUGGAAGUGAGAAACCAUCGCCCCAAUGUGGAACUGUGCUAUGACACAGUGCACAGCAGCCUGAUGAGUGAAGUUCAAGAGAUUACCAAAAAUAUUCAAAGAUUAAAGGACGCAUUGGCACAGGCUCAGACAGAGCUGAAAGGCUUGAGCCGCCGACAACUUUCCUUGGAGGAGGAGAUCAAAGUCAAGGAGAAUACACUGUACAUUGAUGAAGUGCUGUGCAUGCAAAUGAGAGAGUCUGUUUGCAUAAACAAUAACUGA